UCAGUCCAACACAUGCACUAACUGCCCAGACCAGUUUUAUGAAUCGGUUCAGCUGGUUUGUUCAAAGGAGCCGACUCAAAGAAUCAUUCCUUCACGAGUCGGACAUCGCUACAAAACAGAUUCAGGGGUGUUUUGAAGUGCGGAUGCGGCUCGGUCAAGCUGCGGUGGAUGUGAUUGAGCUCCAUGAUUCUCCAGAGUUCACACCAUCCGAGGGGAACGCUAACAGGUAAUAUUAUUAAAAUACUCAUAUUUUAACCCGCUGAUCCUUUAUUACUAACGUUAAACGCAUUUAGUUAGAUGUCAUUGUCGCCUAUUGUACAGACAAUGCCAAAGACAGCGAGAGACAGAUAGUAAACGUUACAAUGAAAUUAAAAAAAAUAAAAUUAUGAGAUAUCGAUAUUUGAGUGUCAUAGAUCCAGACUGGAUGCACCUUAUUAACGACACAAUUCAUGCAGGUGGCAUCCACAGACAUUUUAAUUCAACAGAGAAAGCGUUGUUAUUUCUCCUCCCCCUCCCUCCAUUAAUUUAUUUUUGUUGCCUACCUGUUUGUGACUGUACAACCUUCUUUAAAAAAAAAAGUCAGUGUAUUGAUUUGGAAAAGCAAUGCGUGACGGGUGUCAAAAAUGGGGGUUUGUGAAUAGAUCUGGACUGCAGAAUGGAAACCUGUCAUUGCUUCUGAAAGCCGUUCGCUCAAAAAAUAAAGACUUUAGAGAUGUGCAUAUCAUUCAUGGAACAUGUCAGAUAUUGUUUGCUUCCUUUGUGGGUGUUUAAAGAUCAACCAUUAAUUGGAUUGUUUUGGUAUGUCAGUUCAGCUGAACAAACAUUUAAUUCUUCAUCCGCCAGGCAGCCAGAUAAACACGAAUGUGCCAUUUUACAAGUGAGAACAGUGACAAGCAGCUGAAGAUACAAGGAUACAACAAGUGAGUGGCCUUGAACAGCCCUUACAGUCAAUAUCUAAACACUCCCUUGUGAUUUAAACUCAUCAGAGAAUCAAGCAUAGAAUAGAAAUACCAAUGGCAGCUGCCCAAUGGCCAUUAAGCAUUAUAGUCUUAUGUAAUGAAGUCCCACAUCAUACUACGGUAUCAGUGGAUGAGGUUUAAGCACAAGCUGCUUCACUUAGAUCAGACCAUCCACAUUAAGACAUUUACAGUGUGCGUGAUGAGUGAGCAGCAUGGGUAUGUGUCUGAUGAAACGUUGACAGGGCUUUGUAGUGGGAACAGAGAAGCCUUGUGUCCUCAUGUUUUAUUCAUGUCCAGCUGCAAGAUAAAAACAGAGGCAGGUAGUCAUGGAGAUGCUGUCGCCAGACCAAGUGUGUGGCUGCUCAUGGACACACAGCUGUCAGAUACUGUGAAUACAGGAGAAAGGUUAUAGUUAUCGUUGGCCUAUUAGAAUGCCCCCUGCUGAUUGGUGGCCUCGAAAAGCCAAUUAUUAGAAGUCUAGUACAGGUGUUUUCCAUCUUUUCGAGGCUAUAGACCCUGAAUUUGAUCAUCCUCAUAUGAGGGAACCCCAUUUUAAAAUGGAAAAAGGCAGAUCUAUAUUUUUUAUAUAUAAAGGCCCAAUUUAUAAAGUAAAAAUGUGUGCAAUAUAUUAUUGGGAAAAUAUUUAGUUUUUAUUUCAUAGAACCUAAACAGGUUAGAUGGCAUAAAAAAGGUUGUGAGGGAUAGACUUAAAGUCUUUGUAAUGGCAUGCACUAUAUGAUCAUAACUCAAAACUUUCCAUUUCCGAUGACAAUUCAUUUGAAUAAACUUUACUUCUGUCCCUCACAGCAUCAUUUUUAUUCCUGUCAAAGAUUAAAUAUGGUGCAACCCUGACUAAGGUCUAUAAAAAAAUUUACACAGUACCUAUAUUUUUUGGCCUCUUCUCUGGCCCCCCAUUCUCACUUCACAUCAAAACCUCUUGACUCUGUGCUCCCUGCCUCAAUCCGAGAUAAUUCUCUCUCUGCAGGAUUGAAAGAUUGCUCCAGGCGAGAGAGCAAGAGAUUACACUGUCAGAUUAAUGUGCAGGAGUGAACCCACACUGCCCUGCAACAUAAUCUCAUCCUCACAACACAUGGCACACACAAACACGUUCUCUCAUUCAGAACAGUUACCUCACUUCUUCUCCUUCAGAGUGAUGUCACACCGUCUAGCAGGGGGUGGCCGUCCCCUGCCGGAGUCGCACAGCCUAUGACGUCCAUGGGGCAGACGCCCCCACAAUCAAGCCACUGAGUGUGUUUGUGUAGCCGAAGCUGAGCGUAAUGGACAUUCUGGGAGAGGGAGUGGACCCGGGCAUGGUGAGCGAAGCUCUUCUGGAGGCCCUGUGCUCAGAAUGUGGACAGAUUCACCGCGCCUGGGAGAACCAUCUUUAUAACUAUCGUUUGGAAGUGGAUGAUGAUUUGGUGUGCCACAUCUGCCUUCAGCCGUUAGUUCAGCCCCUGGAUACACCAUGUGGCCACACCUUCUGUGCACGCUGCCUGCGCAGCUUUCUACAGGAACGGGACUUUUGUCCGCUGGACCGCGCACAUCUGCAGCUGCAGGUCUGCCGGCGCUCCAGCAUUCUGGUGCACAAGCUGCUGGAUAAGUUGUCAGUCACCUGUCCGCUAAUGCCUUCCUGUUCCCUCAGCAUGCCACGCUGUGACCUGGAGGCACAUCUCAAACACAGGUGUCCUGGAACACACAGUCAGCGAACAAAGCUGGAGCGGACGCAGAUCGAAGGAGGCGAUGACAGGGUCACGGCGACCAACCUUCCCAGAUCCCCCCAGACUGAGAUGAAGGAGAGUACAGCAUCACCACCUGCUGGAUCCAACGCAUGCAACAAUGGUCCUACAUGGACAGAAGAGCCUGGUGUAGACAACCCUGCCUUUGAAGAAAGCACUGAAGAAGAAAGUGUCCAUGGUUUAGAGUGUGCUCCUCCACGCGUGAAGCGUCCUCUCAGCAACCCGUGCAUCCAUCUUCUCCGCACUGGCAGUUCGGCCUCUUCGGGAUGGGACUUUGUUGAAACUCUGCCUUUUUUCGCUGAAGAAGGUUGUGUGAAACUUCCAUCUCUACCUGAGGGAGAAAUCACAACUAUUGAGGUUCAUCGUGCAAACCCAUACAUAGAGCUGGGCAUAAGUAUUGUUGGUGGAAACGAGACCCCCCUGAUAAAUGUGGUAAUACAAGAGGUGUACCGUGACGGUGUUAUAGCACGAGAUGGACGGCUGCUGGCCGGUGACCAAAUACUUCAGGUGAACAACGUAGACAUUAGUAACGUGCCCCAUAGCUUUGCUCGUUCUACACUGUCCCGUCCCUGCGCCGCUCUUCAGUUGACGGUUCUGAGAGAGCGCCGCUGCUCUGCCAGGCCACCCGUGGCUACAGCUACACCCAAGGGCAGCCCUGCCAGCAUACGCAUCACCCUGCACAAGCAGGAAUCAUCAGAGCAGCUGGGGAUCAAGCUGGUGCGGCGUACAGAUGAAGCCGGUGUGUUUAUCCUGGACUUGCUUGAGGGAGGGUUAGCGUCUAAAGACGGACGACUUUGCAGCAACGACAGAGUGCUGGCCGUCAACGAGCAUGACCUGAGACACGGCACACCUGAGCAAGCAGCUCAGAUUAUACAGGCUAGUGGAGAAAGAGUUAAUCUGCUGAUUAGCCGGUCCAGCAAGCAGACCGUGGCUGUUCACAUAGGCUCCACCUUGACCAGGGACAUUUGGAGCCAUGAACACAUUCCGCCGCUUCCCUGCACUGCGACCCCAAGCCCUGUCCCAAGUCUGCACCUUGCCAGCUCUUCCACCCAGAGAGAUCUGUCCCAGUGUGUGACCUGUAAGGAGAAACACAUCACUGUGAAGAAGGAGCCGCAUGAGUCUCUGGGUAUGACUGUGGCAGGAGGACGGGGCAGCAAGAGCGGAGAGCUGCCCAUCUUUGUAACCAGCGUUCAGCCCCAUGGCUGCCUGUCACGUGAUGGACGGAUCAAACGUGGGGAUGUACUGUUGAGUAUUAAUGGUCAAGAUUUGACCUACCUGAGCCACAGUGAAGCAGUGGGCACUCUGAAGUCCAGCGCUGCAUGUUGUUCUGUCCAGCUGAAGGCACUAGAGGUCAACACAGUUGAAGAACCGGGUCUGGACGAAGAACUUCUCCCUCCUCAUGAAAACGAAUAUGACGCAAGCUGGUCUCCAUCAUGGGUCAUGUGGCUUGGACUUCCCAGCUACCUACACACCAGUCAUGAGAUCGUCCUCCGCAGAAGUCACCCUGGCAGCUGGGGUUUCAGCAUUGUUGGAGGUUAUGAGGAAAACCACAGCAACCAGGCUUUCUUUAUCAAGACUAUCGUCCUUGGAACACCCGCUUAUUACGACGGCCGUCUAAACGGACAAUCAUGUGACUGGCCACGUGAACAGCACAUUCCCAGGUUCAGAUGAUCACAGAACUCGCUCCUCCACUGUGAGAAAAUAAAAUCGCCAUCCGAAUCCAUACGUUUUAUUAUUGAGGUGAUAUGUAAAUGUAUUUUUACAGACGUCCAUAUGGGAAACAAUUAACGUCCGAAUCAGGCUAUAGAGAAAAAAAAUGAAUUUACAAUUUGCUAAAUGCAUCUUAAUGCUCUUAUUGUGAACAAUUUAUCAAUGCAUAUAUGUUUGCUUUAUUAUUUUUUGACCUCAUAAUUUCUCAUCAAGUUGUCAUAAUUCAAUCCCUUUAUUACAAUCAACGGCAACCUCGAAUUCAGCCGAUCGGGUCAGAUCUUAAUUCAGUAACCAACCAAUUCAGUGAGCUGGUGAUUCACUUAACCAAUUCAAAUUGACAGCUGAGAGUGAACAGUGAGUUCUUUUUACUGAUUCAUUUAAAUCAACCGUUGUGUUUUUUUUUAAUGACUGAUUCAUUAAAAACAUCAUUCUCUUCCACAUAAACAGGUGUUUGUUUUCCAUUCAGGUGUGGUGACAUGAUAGUGGCUGUAAACAGUCUGUCCACGGCUGGCAUGAGUCAUUCCGCUCUGGUGCCCAUGCUUAAGGAGCAGCGGAGCAGGGUAGCGCUCACCGUCGUGUCCUGGCCAGG